AUGGAAACAUUGAGAUCCAUACUUGAGUUGGAUCGAAUGAAUUAUCCAGACGGUACAGUUGCGUCAGCUGAGCAUAAUUUUAGCCAAGAUGUAGACCAGCAAAAAAUGAUGAUAAAUUACAUGACCAAAAAGCAGCACGUUUCUUUUCGAACUGUCGAUAAUAACACCAUCGGUGAUCAAAGUGAUGAGCUCAAAGUCUAUCCCAAAUUUCAAAAGAAGACACAAACGUUGGAAGAGCACAUCCAUGGAGCAUCUUGA